AUGCCUAACGUCACAAAGUCUUCCAAGCCCUACGUGACGAUACAUGGCAGCAACAGACCCAACUUCCUGUCUUCCUGGUUGUUUCUUUGGGUAUUCCGUAUUUUGCUAAUCCCAAAACAAAAAUUAAACGACGAAAACUUUGUUUUGCAAGAUUCGGAAAAAGCUGUGAAUGUAGGAAAUAAGCUGGAGACGCAGUGGAAUGAGGAGAGAGAACGAGCACGCGAGAAUAAUAGUAAACCAUCAAUACUCAAAACCCUGAUAAAGACUUUUGGCGCGUAUUACGCACUACUGGGAUUGUAUAAAGUGUUUUGGAUCAUAUUUAUGUACAUCGGAACAUGGUAUCUCGUGGACCAAUUAUUGCUUCACAUAGAGCAAGGAAGGGUUUCGUUGUUAUCCGGACAUAUUUAUGCACUUGGUUUCUUUCUCUGUGCACUUUUCUCCAGUAUAUGCAUCAACCAGUUGAUUGCAGAAUGUACAAGAGUCGGUGUGCAGGUUCGCGCUGCUUUGAUGGUCAUGAUCUAUCGUAAAUCUUUGCGCCUUGGUUCUGUUCCUGGUGGUAUAAGCGAUGUUGUCAACUUGUUAUCUAAUGACUGUAACAGAAUUGCAGAGGCUUUUGUCAAUUUUCACUUUUUGUGGGGUUCAGUUUUGGAAAUGUUUGUUGUUAUUGCUCUAUCAUGGGUGGAAUUAGGUUUGGCUGCUCUACCAGCAACUGUGAUAAUAAUUGUGAUCUUCCCACUUCAAUCGGUGUUCGGACGUCUCAUUUCCAGCAUUACAAAUUCAAUCACUAACAUUACAUCAUCUCGAAUCCACCUCAUGUCCGAGAUCUUAACCGCCAUUAAGCUCAUAAAAUUCUAUGCAUGGGAAUCCUACUUCUCUGAGAAAGUAAUCAGCGUCCGUGAGAAAGAACUUUCUCAACUACUUCACGUUCUUGUGGUGAAAGUAUGGACGUAUUGUAUCAUUUUUGAUGCACCAGUACUAAUGAUGCUGGGUGCUAUUUGUGUAAAGGCGUUUCAUGGACAUGAUGAAAUAAAAUCAAGUGUUAUUUUCACGUCACUGUCUUUAUUCAAUACACUCAGAUAUCCACUCAUCAUGCUUCCAAUUGCAAUCAGAACAACACUCGGUGCGUUUGAUUCAUUUGAUCGUCUGGACAAAUUCUUCCAAGAACAAGAGUUAGAAUCAAACACGUUAGAUGAAAAUGGUAUAAUAGACGAUGAUCCUACUCUCCGCAUUGCCAUUGAAAAUGCCGACUUUGUUUAUGGUGACAACGUCAAACCUACUCUUCGUUUCCUCAAUAUGAGAGUAAAACAAGGACAAUUACUUGCUAUAGUUGGAGAUGUAGGAGCAGGAAAGUCAUCUAUACUUGCUGCUAUCAUGGGACAAAUACACAGGAGCGCUGGUACUAGAAGGAUAAAUGGAUCGAUUGCUUAUGUACCUCAUGAUUCAUGGUUGCUUAAUACCACCCUGAGGGACAAUAUUUUGUUUGGGAAACCAUACAAUGCGAAAAAAUACGAAGAAGCUCUGUACGUGUGUGCAUUGAAUAAGGAUCUGCAGCUAUUGCGAGAAGGUGACUUGACCGAAAUUGGCGAUCGAGGAGCUAAUUUGAGUCUGGGUCAGAGACUGAGAGUUAGUCUAGCACGUGCGGUAUACUGUAAUGCAGAUAUUGUGCUGUUGGAUGAUCCAUUGAGUGUAAUGGAGGCGAGUGUAGGAAAGCACAUAUUCUCCGAAUGCAUUGAAAAAAUUCUCAAGGACAAAGCCGUCGUAUUCGUAACAAAUCAACUACAGUACUUGUCAAAAUGUCAUUACAUAAUGGUAAUAAAAGACGGCACCAGUGUCAAAGAAGGGACAUACGAAGAACUGAUCAAGGAUGUGGAUCUUGCCUCGUUAAUCGGCGAAUACGUGGAGAUAGAGGACCCUGAUCAAGUCGACGAGCUCUUGAGCAACGUCCAAUUAGAAACCGGCUAUGCAGAAGAAACUAGUGAAGAGCUUGAAACCGUUGUCAUUGUAGAUGCUGAAAAUCCACCAACGGAACGGAAUCUUAGUUAUGCACCCACGUCCCCAACAGAUGAGCCAAGAGUAUCAAAAACCAUUGAUAGAGAAGGUCAGACUUUACAGGGUCUAAGCAUAAACGAGCGCACAUUAUCAACGGCGAUUGAACGCCACAAUACCGUCAUUCUUAGCGGCGCAGGAAAAGCCAGGAUAAUGGGAGGUCAGGUUAAUAGAGAAUUGAAUGCUACGGCCAUGGCAGUCGAAAGAAAUCAACUUACUAUACAUAGCGUGACUGGGCGGGACGGGAUUGCCCCGAUGUAUGAUAGUGGACUGAAAUCGAGAAGAGGACAAGAUGGACACGUUGGCUUUAAAGUUUAUUUGGACUAUAUGAGAUAUUCGACAGGACUGGGAAUGUCGAUAGCAGUUAUUUUAUUAUUCUUUUUAAUUCAUGCUCUGCGAAUUUUUGGUGAUUGGUGGCUUUAUAAAUUUGUCGAUGGCACUGACGUUAUGUUGGCAGUUGCUAUAUACGCCACAUCAGUUGUCGUCUUUGGUAUUGGCGUCUUUAUAAGAGGUGUCUGGUUCGCUGUAUUAGUAGGCAAUAAAAGUAUGGAUUUGCAUGACAGUACGUUCGGGCGUAUCUUACUUGCUCCAAUGUCAUUUUUUGACAUUACACCGCUUGCGAGGAUAUUAAAUGUCUUUGCCAAACAUCAAUAUCUUGUCGACGACGUAUUGACGGACAAUCUGUUCCAAUUCCUGUCAUUUCUUCCACUUGUUCUUGGAGUGACGAUAUUCGUAAUGGUACUCAUUCCGUGGAUGUCGAUAGUUGCGGUUAUAUUGGCUUUCUUUGUUUGGGUUUUGAUCUACUGUUCAAGCGAGGUAGAGGAGCGAUUCAAACAACUUGAAGUCAAUAGUAAAGCACCUAUAUUUGCUCAUUUAUCCGCUUCACUUGACGGUCUCGCCAGUAUUCGAGUUUAUAAUGUACAAUCGAGAUUCGAUGAGCAAAACAUGAACAGGAUUGAUGCUAAUAACAAGGCUUUGUUUGCAAUGAUGCAAGUCAAGGCAUGGCUCUCUUUGUAUAUAGACGUUCUUACGUCGCUUUUCAUAUACGCAACUGCACUCUUUAUUGUCAUAUACCCUGACGAGGAGUUUAGCACGCCAUCUAUUUCUGGUCUGGCUAUAACGAAUGCAUUCCAAUUGCUAGUAUUCACCCAAUGGAUGAUUCGGAGCGGACGUGAUGUUGCCGUGACGAUGGAUAGCACUAAACAAUUACUCUAUUACAGACAAAACAUUCCUGCCGAGCGCCCUGCCAUCAUCGACAGUAAUCGUCCUCCACCAAACUGGGGUGAACGGGGAGAGAUUGAGUUUAAACACGUUAUAUUGUCUUAUAAUCAAUAUGGCGUGGCAGUGCUGAAAAAUAUAUCGUUCCAUAUCAGACCACAAGAGAAAAUUGGAAUAGUAGGCAAAACUGGAUCAGGCAAAUCAACACUGCUUGUCAGUCUCCUUCGGAUAGUAGAGCUAACCGAAGGUCAAAUAUUGAUAGAUGAUGCUGAUAUUAGUGUAGUAGGCCUAAAAGAUCUUCGUAGCAAAAUUGCCAUAAUUCCGCAGGAACCAGUGAUAUUUGUUGGCACCAUUCGCUCCAACCUCGAUCCGUUCAAUACCUGCACAGAUGAGGAAAUAUGGGAAGCACUCAAAGCAGUACAUCUGGAUGAUAAAGUUAAUACCAUGUCAGAUAAAUUAAGGACUACAGUCUUGGAAAAUGGAAAAAACUUUUCUCUUGGUCAACGACAGCUAUUCUGUAUUGCACGCGCAUUAUUAAAGAAGACAAAUAUUCUUAUAUUGGAUGAGGCAACAAGUGCAGUUGAUGCUCAGACGGAUGUCCUAAUACAAGAGACUAUAAAAAAGAAUUUUGCAGAUCACACUGUCCUGACAAUAGCACAUCGAUUGAAUACUAUUAUGGAAGCAGACAGAAUACUCUGUCUUAACGAAGGCCGAGUAGUUGAAUUCGAUACCCCGCUUCGCCUACUCGACAAGCCCGACGGCUUCUUCCACCAACUAGCGACCCGUAGUGGGCCGGAAGUUACAGAACGGCUACGCAAAAUUGCUCUUAACCAUCUCUCGGAUAAUCAUUCCUCUUCUUCUCGAGCAGAUUCAAUGCCGCUCCUCCCAAUCGGUCUAAAUGAUUUGUUUCAUCAAAUGCAGUAA